UUAACGUUUCUGUCGUGACGUCACUAUAUCCUCGCUUGCCAUUGGACGACUGACUUCCGGUGUUUCCUCCACACAGAAUGGAACCGUGGAACAGGAUAAACGUUCUCUUCCCGAGUGCCGUUUAUUGUGUUUGCGUACCUUUCACUCCAAAAACAGAUGUGAUUGUAAGCAACCUGUUGGUGGAAAAUGGCAAAGUCCUCAAAUUGCUUCGAAGUACUUUACUUCAGACGGAAGUGCGAGUGUUGUACGACUUGCUGUACAAUCUGAACAACAGCUCCAGAGGCAACAAGACCUUCCGGGUGAUGAAGCAGGUGGAGCAAUGCAUCAACAGACUGAAAGAUAUGAAGUUGGACGUGGCUCUCCAGGAUCUGUAUGAUGUUUGCCCUAAUAAGAUUCAAAGGAAGUUGAGCAAGAAGGUUGAGGAGUGUGAACUUCCCAGCCAACCCAUGUUGGAGUGGCUCUGUCUCAAAGUGCUGGGAGCGGCACAAUUAAUGAGCUGCACAAUGAAACGCUGCAGCAAAGGUUUUGUCUUGUCAAGGCAGCACAUGAACUUUGAGUUCGUCAUCCUGAAUAUGGUGAUAACCAGCAUGUUCAGUCGUUUCUGGGUGAUUUUCAGAGGGAUCCUGGCCAGUCUGCGCUCUCUCUAUCGGCAGCUCUAUGAUCUCCGUGGCAAAGUAUCCGAGGCUAAGCCCAUGCCCUUCCUCACAGACUUCUGUCUGCCAGCAGACGUGGCUGACUUUCUUGGUCCUUCUGACGCAUCUUUAUUUCCUGCGAAGCACAAAAUCCAAGUUAAAGCUCAGAAGGGGAAAGUUGAAAAACAAAAGCCUCCCAUCAAAACAAACAACUUGGGGCCGACGAGGAAGAUCAGAGAAGACCUCGGCGUUGCAGUGCAAAGAGAACUGGAGUUUGACUCUGACAUUAAACCUAUUCAAACCAUUUUCGGGAACAUAGCAAAGAAAAAGACCCUCCCAAAGGAAAAAAACAAGGCUGAGAAGAAACAGAUGUAUCAGAGACAAUUAAAGCAAGUCUUGACGUUUAAAGACAUGGCCUCUUGUCUAGAAGAAAUGAUCCUGUGGUGCAAGUCCAAGAAAACGAAUAAGCGUGAACGCCUCCUAACCUUCCUAAGGUUGAAGUGCCGUCGGCUGAGAGGACUAGAGGCUGCAGGUUACAAAGUGCAAAAGAAGUUGCAGACAUUCAAACAAGAAGCUUACCAGGCCUUCUGCGGCGUCCCAGGGCCAGCGCGGAAGACCUGCCCGCCUGCUGUGGCUUGCAGAAGACGCGGUCGCCUGAGAACACGUUUGUGGACCCUCAGGAUGCAAUUCAGGUCAUCUGAAAUGAGAAGGCACGUAAAAAGGAAACCAAGGCAGAAGAAAUGUUUGUCAUUGGGACUGUUGAUGCAGGAUGGCGGGUUAAGCGAAAUGGACAAAGCAACCGCAUGCACGGUUGACUCUGUAAAAAAUGACAUCGAUGAUAUAUUUGCUUGUGUAGGUCUGUGAUGGUUUUUCAUGGUGGUGCCGGAAAAAUAUGGAUUCACGUCCAAAUAGUUAUUUUGAAAAAUUCUGACUCAAUUCAUCAUUUUAACAAACAUUUUAUUUUUAGGCCUUAUAUGCCAAAUUAUACAUUAAGCUAAUUGAUUCUGAUUUGACAAUCGGAAUCAAAAUGAAUCAUGAGUUGUAGGAUUCACAUUCCUGGGGCCGUACUUAUCAAGCUUCUUAGAGUGCCAUUUUACACUUAAGUCCUGAGAAUUUGCGAAAUUUAGUCCUACUCUCAAACUUAAGAAUAAAAGCUUUUUAUCAACGUUCUUAAGUCUAAGAAUCACUCCUACUCUCCACGAUAUUUAAGAGACCUUCAGAGGUGUCUUAAGUGGUUAGGAGUUGCCAGCAGGGGAUGGCACUGAGGCGAGAGAGACGUGCGCGAACGUUCAGGGAACGGAACAAUGUUUUUGUUUUUUUGAUGACGAGCAGCUGAUCAAACGGUAUCGUUUAGACAGAGCGGAUAUUAUUUUUGUCACAUAUUUAAUACUUUUCGAUUCCUUGUUGAUUUCUGAAUGUGUCUGCAGUGGGCUAGUAUAUAUAGAGCCACCCACACCAGUUUCAAAUUAGUUGCCUAAUUAAUGAAUUGGAAAGAAAAUGUUAUGACAGUAGCGUAUGUGUGUGGCCGUGAGGUGAGUGACGUCAGUGAGUGUGUGGGCGAUAGAAGAGAGGGAGCGGUAGCGUGAGUGCCGGCGGGGACUAGUUUGUUUUGUAUUAUUUUGUAGUUUAUUGUCAAAAUAUACACUCCCAUUGUCCACUUAAAUAUUUCCAAGAUAUUUCUUUAUUCUUAGACAACGGAUUCCCUUCCGUGAUUGGUCAUUUCUAUGGACACAGAAAUGACGUCACCUAAAAUUCCGUUUACGGCACAUAGUAAUGUCGUAAUUCAGCUCUGAGUGUCCUAAACUUCGCUGAAAGUGUGAGUAAGACGCUUGAUAACUAACUUUUAAGUGCAGCUUUCAGCGAAGAAUUUAUUUACUCUUAAGUCAACUCUUAGCAGACUUCUUAGGAGUAAUUCUAAGAAGCUUGAUAAGUACGGCCCCUGGUUUUUAAUCCAUACGGUUUCUGCGUUGCUUAACCUGUGCAAAAUUGUUGGUAGACUGAGUCUAUCGCAGUUGACUUGGGGUGGUAGAUUGUGUACAAUCUUGAUCACCUGUUAAUCGCAAAGGCACCGUUCACAUUGCAGAUCAAUUUCCAAAGAUUUUCCACAUAUGUGACCUGUAUCAGAAAAGUAGAAUUCCGAAUGUAUUUUAUUUUUUUCAAAUCGGACCCAGGUCUUUUUCAUAUCGCGUAAUCCCGUCUAUGUGUCUCGGAAAGCAGCGAGGCAGCUCACUUCAAUGUUCCACCAGUCCUGUCUCCGACUUCUUACCCACACAUUCUUCAGAACAGACGUCACAGCAAGUGCCUCACAAACCGCCAUAGUCAAAAUUAUUGCCCCCUUUUUUCCCUAAUCCCUUACGGAAAAAUUAUCUGGUCGAAAAUAAUUUGGUUGCACAAAAUUCUUGAUAAUGCCUAAAAUGUGCCAAUCCAAUCCACUUUAUUUCUAUAGCACAUUUACACAACAAGAAUGUUUCCAAAGUGCUGCACAGCCAUGUUAAAAACAAUAUGAAAAACAAAAUUAAAAACGACAUUAAAAACAAUAUCAUGCUACACCAAUGACUGAAUAAAAACAAAGAAUAAAUGAAUAGAAAACCAAUACAGAAACAAUAUAAAAAAUAAAUAUGAUUAAAACGAUUUUAAAGGGUAAAAUCACUGGCACAUUUUUUAAAAAAUGUGCCAGGUCAUAGGUCUUCCAAGAAUUGCGAACUUCAUGGACAUUUUGUUUACAUUAGACACAAAACUAAGUAAAUUACAAUAAUGAAAUAUAUACAAAUUUCAUAAUAUCUGAAUUGGUCAUCAUUGCAUUGUGAAUGUAGCCAAAGAGACAAAUGACCAUCCUUAUAAAGUAAUAUUGCUAUUAUGGCUUUUAAAUUAUUUUCCGUUAAGUUGGAGUCAUUAAUUAAAUCAAAUAUUUUCAUAGCUGAAACAUAAAAACCCUGUUUAUUACCUUCUAAAUGAAAUUUUCCAACAUUAUGAGAGCCCUCUUGUCAUGAAAUAAUACAAUUUAGUUCCUGUUACACUCUUUUCCAAUAUGUUAAUGCUAUAUGAGGCUGAGCCAAUCACUGGCCACGAUACUGAACAGCGCCCGCUGAUUGGUUUGGUUUCAUCUCAUUGCCAUGACUACUGUUUUUAGUCAAUUUUAAAGUUAAAGUACCCAUGAUUGUCACACACACACUAGGUGUGGCGAAUUUAUUCUCUGCAUUUGACCCAUCACCCUUGAUCACCCCCUGGGAGGUGAGGGGAGCAAUGAGCAGCAGCAGUGGUGGCCGCGCCCGGGAAUCAUUUUUGGUGAUUUAACCCCCAAUUCCAACCCUUGAUGCUGAGUGUGCCAUUCGUAAGCCUGAAAAUUCUUAAUUUAGGGCAAAAAUUAUAUUGUAUAUGCUUAAAAAAUCUGCAAUGUGGCGAUUGAAGUACCUACCAUGGUGUCUGGACAUUCAAGUUUAAUGUGCUCUGUGACAGCGCUCAAAAUACACAAGUCUAAAAUCAUUGUUCCCCAAAUGAAUCUGUCACAUAUACACUAUUAUAACAGCAAUUAUCUAUGUAGGGCCACCAAAACACCACAAUUUAACAUGUAGCAUGUUGUUUUAUUAAGAAAAACCUGUAUUGUACUACAAACAAGUACAUUAGUAUUUUUAAGUAUGAGCUAAAAGUUGGAUUCCAUGUUUUUUUUUCAAAACAAAGUCAGGGUGCAUCAUUUCAAAGUGCAUAACUAAUAAAACUUUUUUUUUUUUUUUUUUUUUAAGGGGUUGUAGAAAAAUAUUCUCACUGUAAAGGGCCCGUGGUCCCAAA